GGAAAACCGAGUCUCGCAUACAGGAAAACACAAACCAGCCUCGCUCUGAGAGAUUGAGUUUCCCAUCUUUAAUGGGUAAUCACAGGUUCUCAUUGUCAGAUAUGAUGCCAAACGCCUGGUUUUAUAAGCUCAGAGACAUGAGCAGAAGAGGCAGGAAGCAUAGAUCCUCUCAUCCAGUUAGAAGCAAACAACCCUUAAUGACUACCACAGAAUCACACAAACAACCCCACCUUUCUCACCCAAAAUCCUCUGAAACCCAUUUCCUUGAUCCACCAAGAAGAUCAUCCAAGGGAAGAAACAGUAGAAAAUUAGUUUACAAAUCUUCUCCUGGAGCUGUCAUGGCCCCAGUGUCUGCUGGUUGUAGCUGUAACGCCAAGCUUGAUUCAGUUUGGACUAAGCAGAGUCCAAUUCAAUCUCCGACUUACUUUGUCUCCCCUACUGAUAGUUCCAGUGUCUCUAACAUCCAUGAAUCUCGUCUUCUAUCCGACACAGAUUCUGAUAACUUGGCUGCUCCCGAUUCAUCUGAGCUACCCUCGUGUUCAAGCUCUUGUAAUUGUAGAGUUCGUUCUUCAGCUUCUGACAUUAUCCUCGACAUGAACAACGAAUCUUUUAUUGGGGAGGUGAAGAAGAUAGAAGAGUUUCAUACGAUUUCAGAGUUGGGCCUUUCUCCAAUUUUGACCAAACCAGUCAAAUUUGAUGAUAAGACCUCUGAAGUCACUAGGUUUAGAAGUUCAUCAUCUAAAGUACUGGAGGAGAUGCAAAAACGGCGUCCUCUAUCUGUCAAAACAGUCAAGAAGGAAGGUAUAAGAACCCAAAAGGAGCACAAAGCCAGUCCUCGUGUUCGAAGGUCUUCUGCUAUUUCUCCAGGUAUUAGACUUAGAACCAAUUCUCCAAGACUUGCUGCAAGCAGGAAGAUUCAGGCUCAUGCCAGAAAGAGCUUGUCGUCAAGGAAUAGGACCAUCUCAGAGAGCUUUGCAGUUGAGAAAUCGUCAAUGGAUCCAGAGGCAGAUUUCAGGGAUUCAAUGGUGGAGAUGAUUGUCGAAAACAACAUCCGGGCAUCAAAGGAUUUGGAAGACCUACUUGCUUGUUACCUUUCACUGAAUUCGGAUGAAUACCACGAUCUCAUAGUAAAGGCGUUUGAACAGAUUUGGUUUGAUAUGGCUAGCCUACGUUUGUAAAGAUCUGAAGAUCAUGAAAUGCAUACGAUCCUUGUAGCUGCUUAAUUACACACUUUAUUGUUCUCCCUUCUCUGAAUUUCCAUCCUCCCAAGAUCAUAGAUAAAUCAGAAAUUUUCAGUCUUUGCCAUAGGUUAGUGAUUAUAGUUUGCUUGACUGGGAAAACCACUCAUUUCAAAUCUUUUUGGGUUCUCUGAAUCUCGAAUUAGUAGCAUAAUUCUUGAAUGGUCUUGCAACUUUGUUCAUGAUAGAGUGUUAC